ACAUGGGUGAAGUGGUUUGUCGGUCUGCUGGUCGGAGCGGUAGUUGUCGUAGUUGUUGCUGUACCUGUGGCGCUGCUAGCAACAAAAGAGGAAAAAAAGCCAGAUCCUCGAAGAACAUACACACUGGACGAUUAUUUUGGUGACCAACUAAGGACAAAAUCAUACAGCCUUAGGUGGAUUUCAGAUAACGAAUAUCUUCACCGCUCAAGAGAAAAUAAUUUACUUCUCAUCAACGUUGACACUGGAGAGUCAAAGCAGAUCCUUUCAAACACCACAAUAAAUAACAGCAAUGCAUCUUACUAUGACCUGUCCCCAGACAGACAAUACGCACUAAUGCAGUACAACUAUGAGAAGUUAUGGAGACACUCAAAUACAGCUUCCUACAGAAUUGUUAAUAUACAGACUCAAUCGCUUAUCACUGGAAAUGAACUACCUCAAGGGAUUCAGUAUAUGACAUGGUCUCCUGUUGGCCAUAAACUAGUAUAUGUUUGGGAAAACAACAUUUACAUAAGGAAUGCUCCAGAGGAGCAGAGUGUCCAAAUUACUACCAAUGGAGAGGAAAACCGGAUCUUAAACGGCAUACCAGAUUGGGUGUAUGAAGAGGAAAUGUUUAGCACUAAUUAUGCUUUAUGGUGGUCGCCGAAUGCAACAUUUUUGACAUAUGUAGAGUUUAAUGAUUCAGGCGUGCCAAUAAUAGAAUAUUCA